AUGGAGGAAUCCGAUCAGGAUAACGCGCUGACAAGGCGCCAAGCCCUCUUCAACAAUGCCGCAAGCUCCGACAUUCGAGUUGAUUGCGGCAAUUCCGGCAUUUUCAACUGUCACAAAGCAAUUCUGAKCCUCAGUUCUGGUUAUUUCGCCAGAGAACUCUUGGAUGCCCCCUCUUCGUACAUAAUCGAGGAUAACAAGCUAUCUCUGCGGGACGAUCGGGGAGGCUGGCUUUCCUAUAACAUGCUUCAACACAUUUACGGCUUGGAAGUUGAGAACAAAGAGAUGAUCGAAGAGGCCAUUAAGUUCGACGAUGACCUCGUAACCGUCGCCAAGUAUUACGAGGUGAUCUCUCUCUACGAUCUCGUCAAAACCAGGAUGACCGAMCGACUGAGAGCUGCAGUUGGAACAGAGAGCUWCGCCGAACAAAUGACAAUCAUAUACGGUGAUUGCGACAACGACUUUGGCGUGGUGGCGGCGGAGUCCUGCUUGGAGGAUCUCGAGAAACACCUGGCCGACGCGGAGUUCAAGCACUUGCUCCAAGAUGUUCCAAGAUUGGCGGCCGAUUUGGUGCGGAUUUCGCUUAAGCAGGAGCCUGAAUGA